AUGGCAAAGCUAAGUUCUUUAGCUCAGCUAUGGCCAUUUUUUUUCAGAAUAUGUAUUCUAAGUCUUGUCUUCAACUUCAAGAUCAUUGCACUAGGAGAUGAUAAUGAUGGAAGUAGUGGUGAUUUUACAUCAUCAUCAAAAAGUAGAUGCAAGAAUACAAAUUUUCAAAUUUUCCUCCCUCCGCCUUAUCGGAAUAUUUCCUCUACAAUAUGUAAACCUGUUUGGCAUACAUAUGAAUUAAGGUAUACAAAAAAUGAUGAUACCACCACAAUCAUAUUAUCAGCACCCUACACAGUUGGAUGGGUAGGGAUUGGAUUUUCAAAAGAUGGUAAAAUGGUAGGUUCAAGUGCAAUGGUGGGAUGGAUUAACAAACAUGGCCAUGCAAAAAUCAAGCAGUAUUAUCUAAGAGGUAACAAAUCAUCAGAGGUCAUUGUAAACAAAGGUGAACUGCCUCUAAAUACUGUGCCUGCUGCUGUGGCAACAAAUGGAGCAGAAAUCUAUUUGGCAUUUCAGCUUCGACCAACGAUUCCAUUCGGGAAGCAACCGAUUCUAUUGGCUUUUAGUACUAAGCAUCCACAUGAACAUCAUCUGUCAAAACACGAUGACGAAACAUCGAUCAUAUUUGAUUUUUCUUCAUCGUCUUCAGAUUCUAAGGAUCCAUCAUCCAAUGAUUUGGUUCAGAUGAGAAAGAACCACGGAAUAGUUGGUGUAAUAGGAUGGGGUUUGAUCCUUCCAGUAGGGGCUAUUGUUGCUAGAUACUUCAAACACAAGGAACCAAUUUGGUUCUAUUUACAUUCAAUUUUUCAAUUUGUUGGAUUUGUAUUUGGUCUUGUCACUGUCCUUCUAGGAUUACAACUCCAUUCCAAAAUGCAUGUUCAUAUACCUGCUCACAAAGGAAUUGGCAUUUUUGUCCUUGUGCUAAGUAUUCUUCAGGUAUUGGCAUUUUUCUUGAGACCGAAUAGAGAUUCAAAGAUUCGCAAAAUUUGGAAUUUGUACCAUGGUUGGUUUGGAAGAAUGGCGCUAUUCUUUGCAGCCUUGAACAUAGUGUUGGGAAUGCAAGCUGCAGGAGCAGGGAAUAAUUGGAAAACAAGCUAUGGAUUCCUUGUUGGUAUCAUAAUUGUCGCGGUUAUUGUUCUCGAAGUAUUGGCAUAUUUGAAAAGAUUAGAGAAACGUUCUCUUCCUCCAAAUUUCCAAAUGAACCCUCUUGAAGAAACCUUUCCAAGUAAUAAUCUACCAAAAGGGUGA